AUGUGCGUAAAGCGAAAUGCUGUUGUAAAGCAACAACCAAACCGGAACACAAAAGAAGCCACAUCAGCGAGAGCCCAAUUGAUUCAAUGCUCAUCAUGUCCACACGUCAUUUGAUGGAUGCGAAGUGUAAAUUCAAGCCUCGUUUUAGGCGGACUUCGAAGCAGAAGCAAUAAUUAUACCUUUCGCAUCCUCUAUCCUCCUCGGCCUUUGUUCAUUUCCUCCCCUCAGCAGCGCUGGGAGCUGCUUGACUGUCAUGUCCAAGGCGAAACAACAAGCCUAUCAAGGCAAUCCGUACCCUGCACCAUCUUCUGGAUCCUUUGCCUGGGGUUUUCUACUCGGCCAACUCACUCUCGCCCUCAUCCUCUUCAUCUUCAUCAAGUUUUUCAUCUUCGGCGACGCGCCCUCCGCAGACGAACGAGCCUCCGCCCGUGCCGCCGCACGCCGCCAAAGAACCCUUUCGCAUACUCGUCAACGUACUCUUUCGACAGCUCUCCGACCUCGACCAAGCCUCGCCGCUUCCGUCCUGAAACCUCGUACCGAUGGCGGUCUGACUGUACAGAAGAUACUGGAGAAGACAUACUACAAUGUCUACGGACACCAGCCGGAAAGCUUGGAUUGGUUCAAUGUGUUGAUCGCGCAGACGAUUGCACAACUUCGAGCUGAUGCAUUGGAGGAUGAAGCUGUCCUGAGUAGUCUGACAGCAGUGCUGAACGGGCCUGGGAAGCCCAGCUUUGUGGACGAGAUCCGGGUCACAGAGAUCAGUCUUGGGGAUGAGUUCCCUAUCUUCAGCAACUGUCGAGUCAUACCCGUGGACGAGAAUGGCACACCAUUGAAGGAAUUGACGGGACAAAGAGGGGAACGGCUGCAGGCGAGAAUGGACGUUGAUCUGUCGGAUGUGGUCACGUUAGGGAUUGAGACGAAGCUGGUGUUGAACUACCCGAAGCCUUUCGUGAUGGUGUUGCCGGUGGCGCUGGCCGUAAGCGUGGUGAGGUUCUCAGGAACGUUGAGCUUGAGCUUCUCGCCGAGCUCAGAAGACUCAUACCCUGGGACGGCAGAAGGGGCGGGAAGCGCUGCACCUACAGGACAACCGAAGACUACAGAGGGCCAUCCCCUCAAUCCCACAGGACAAAAUCCAACCACUUUGACCUUCACGUUCCUCGACGACUACCGACUGGACUUGAGCGUUCACUCACUCAUUGGAAGUCGAAGUCGACUGCAAGAUGUGCCAAAGAUCGCUCAAUUGGUGGAAGGCAGAAUACAUCAGUGGUUCGACGAACGAUGUGUAGAACCGCGAUUCCAACAGAUCGUCCUGCCUUCGCUCUGGCCGAGGAAGAAGAACACACGCGGCGGUGGAGACGAUGAGACG